AUGAACACUUUAAAAUUUACGGAUGGUGAACUUAAUGUAAUGUCUUAUCGACAAUUAAGAAAGAUAUGCUUAUUGUUAAGGUUACCAGCGAAUAUAAAAAAGAAAUACAUGGUGUCGAUGAUAAAAGCUCAUCAGAAAGGUGAUAUUUGUGCGAAAGUUGCAAUCGCGAACAAGAUAUUGGAAGAGAGAAAAAUUAAAAAAUUUGGUUCGAAAAAUAAUGAAGAAAUUAUUGUGAGCAAACCUUACGUUAUGACAUCAUCAUCAUCAUCAACAACAGGAACAACAGGAUCAACGCAACAGAUUCCGACGGAUUUGUCGUUGGCGCCGAAACACGAAAUCGAAGCAAGAUUUUCGUACAUGACACACUAUUCGGAGAAAAACAAUUCCGUGUCACGAUUAAUUAAAGAUGAUAUUGAAGCAUCUCGUCGGAACAGCAGGAACGAAUUCACACAAGCUCGAAAGCCGAACAGAAAAUUACCGAACAUGGAAAGAACGGAGAUCAUGCUUCCGAGGAAUCAUUCGUUGACGACGCCCGUGAGAUUGAUGCCCCAAUACGAAAGAAGUUACGUUCCGUCCAUGGCCUACGAAACCGUGGUACCUGGAUACACGAAUUCGAAAAAUCACUUUCAGGAUUCGGGUGGCGUCACAACCGUCGGUUACAAUUAUCAUUUUCACGGGGAUUAUUCGAACGGUUUUGUGGUGCCCCCACCUGGGUCUCAGCCCCCUCAAACAUCUUUACCGUCUUCCUCGCACGACAUCCAUCGUCCCGAAACGUAUUGGCAUCCGAGAGAAAUGUACAACAAUUCGAUGAUGCCGAUUUUGUCAACUUUGCUCACACCGACUCCGGUUACCAAUACCAUGCCUAAUUACACACACGGACAAUAUACGAAUCAAAACGUAAUGAAAGGUUCGACGGAAUUGCAGUCGAACGUUUACGAAAAAUGUUUCAAAAAUGGUAAUAGCCUGGAGGAAAAUCACGGAAUGAGUACGAACGGAACGAUCAUGUCGAACGGGUCUUAUCCCGAUGGUAAUUACGGUUCUUAUGCCGAACACCCCGGAGUUGUUUUCGUGAAGAAGAACGAAAUUAAUUAUGACAUGGGGUCGUCGCCGGUCGACGGAAAUUAUCAACAUGGUUGCACCAAUUUGGAUUCGACGACGAAUCAUCUCCACCAUUCGAAAAUUCAAAACAACGGUCACGCAUACGGACAAGAAUAUUACGUGGCGAAAAACGAUGGUUCGCAAUUGGCACCCAACGGAACGACGAACGGUCGAACGUUUUACACUCACGAAGGAGAAUUUUUUUCAGUAUUGAACGAACCGUCCGGAGACGUUUUGCGGAAGGGAAUGAUGCCCUUUAACUCGGCGAACAGGAUUCACGAUUCGUCGAACGUCGUCGACUACCCUCAUUUCGAAACGUAUUCGCCGCCGUCGAUAAAUCAAACGCACGGAUUCAAAAGGUUGUGCACGGAAGAAGGAAGAGAGACUGACGAGAACACGUCGAAAAGACUGGAUCACGAAGACUUAAUCGAAUUGAUAUCGGAAGCAGAAAAGGAGGGAUACGGUGAAAUUGUUCCCUAUGUAGAAAACGAGAGUUCGGUGGUAUCGGACGCGUCCGAAAGUUCUAACGAAGACGACGAUGGUGGUGGAAAGGGUGGCGGCGGCGGCGGCGGCGGCGAUGACGUUGAUCUUAAAAUUCCGAUAAGUCAAAUACUCGGUGAGGAAAACGUGGGACAAAUGUAUCCGACGUACACGCGGUGCCAGUACGUUUUCAGACACGAUAAAUAUCCAGAAGGGGUCGCUAAAAAUAAUGAAAACGUUUCCGGAACUCUCCCGUCGUUUUUGUCGACUUUUUGCACGCACGUAGACAACAAUAAAAAUUAUUCGAUCUGCAAGAAUUCAAUGACGGGAACGACGGAGGCUCACAUGAAUCCGAUCAUGACGUCGACGUACACGUCGCAAUACGCGACGACAAAUUCUCAAUUGAUUUCGGUACGUAUCGAACUUCCGGGAGGAAGGGGUUUCCGAAAACACUGA